GUGCCAUUCUAUCUCAUCGAAUCAUAUCUCGUCCUUAUGAUCAUCAUCAUCGUCGUCGUUAGCACCAUCAUCAUCGAAAACCAAAACUACUGAUACCUCUCUCUCUUCCUCUCCCUCUCCCUCUCCCUCUCUCUAUAUCUUUCUAUCCUCCAUAAACUCCUUUCUGCUGCACAUCAAUUAUUCCCCCUUUCUAAAAUUCUAAUUAUUUAAUUGAGUUCCAAUCACUCGAUCAAUCAUGACAAUUUACGCUUCUUCUAAAAAUCAAGAUGAUCUUGAUCACAGUCAAAAGAGUUCUUAUUUUAAUUUACCACCAUUGAAUGUGUCUAUUGCAUUCCCUCAAGCAACUCCAGCAUCCAUAUUUCCUCCUUGUGCUUCCGAUUAUUUUCAAUUGGAUGAUCUAUUGACUCCUGAGGAGCAGGCUAUUAGGAUAAAAGUAAGACAAUGUAUGGAAAAGGAAAUCGCACCUAUAAUGACAGAGUAUUGGGAGAAGGCAAAGUUUCCGUUUCAUGUUAUUCCCAAGCUCGGUACCCUUCGCAUUGCUGGUGGCACAAUUAAGGUAACUUUUCUGAUCUUUUUUCAGUAUUUUUUGUUCUUGAGGUGGAACUUUGAGGAGUUAUAUGAUAGUUAUAAAUCCCAGGGUUAUGGGUGUCCGGGCCUCUCCCUAACUGGAAGUGCUGUUGCUACUGCAGAAGUCGCCAGAGUUGAUGCAAGCUGUUCUACGUUCAUUUUGGUGCAUUCAUCUCUGGCAAUGCUUACAAUAGCACUUUGUGGGUCAGAGGCACAGAAGCAGAAAUAUUUACCUUCUUUGGCUCAGUUAAGCACCGUAGCUUGUUGGGCUUUGACUGAACCUGAAUAUGGAAGUGAUGCAAGUGCUCUAAAAACUACAGCGAGAAAGGUGGAAGGGGGUUGGAUACUGGAUGGCCAAAAGCGCUGGAUAGGAAACAGUACCUUUGCAGAUGUUUUGGUUGUAUUUGCUCGUAAUACUUCAACAGAGCAGAUCAAUGGAUACAUAGUAAAGAAGGAUGCCCCAGGGUUAACAGCUACAAAAAUAGAAAAUAAAAUCGGCUUGCGGAUGGUACAGAAUGGAGAUAUUCUGCUAAAACAAGUUUUUAUCCCAGAUGAGGACAGGCUGCCUGGUGUUAAUUCCUUUCAAGAUACAAAUAAGGUUCUUGCAGUUUCACGUGUAAUGGUCGCCUGGCAACCUAUUGGCAUAUCAAUGGGAAUUUAUGACAUGUGUCACAGAUAUUUAAAAGAGAGGAAACAGUUUGGAGCCCCAUUGGCUGCUUUUCAAAUAAAUCAACAGAAACUUGUUCAAAUGCUUGGUAAUGUUCAAGCAAUGGUACUUGUUGGCUGGCGCCUUUGCAAAUUAUAUGAAACGGGUAAAAUGACUUCAGGUCAUGCCAGCAUGGCAAAGGCAUGGAUCACUUCCAAAGCAAGGGAAACUGCUGCCACUGGGCGGGAGUUACUUGGCGGCAAUGGAAUUUUGGCAGAUUUUCUAGUUGCCAAGGCAUUCUGUGAUUUGGAACCCAUAUACACAUAUGAAGGCACCUACGACAUCAACACCUUGGUAACCGGUAGGGAAGUCACUGGUAUAGCCAGUUUUAAGCCAGCUGCAUUGAGCAAUCGAAGCCGAUUAUAAAGUUGCAGUUUCAAGCUCUCUUCCUCGCGGUUCCUGCAUGGCAACUCUGCCUCGCACCAUAUAAAUGUGUUACACAGGUUUGAUAUAUGCCAACAACAGAAGGCAGCUUAAUAAUCUUUAGAAGGGUCAGUUGUUGAAUAACGUUCCGAUACAGAUUAUGGCACAUGAAAAUAAGAAGUUUGUAUUCAGUAAAGCUUUUACCUUUCAAAAAUAUUUAUUAUUUACGGCCCUAA